GAAAACAAAACCCGCGAAGAGAAGGCGGUAGUCAGAUCGGUGCAAUUCCGCUUGCUCCGUCGUCGGGCAACGGCAAAGGCAAAUACAGCAGAAGGAGGAGGAGGAGGAAGAGGAUAAUGGGGAAUGCAUAUUGUAUAUUCUGCGGAUGUAUAGAACAAGCGAGUGUAGGUGUGGUGGAGAAAUGGGGACGUUUCGAUAGGCUUGCAGAACCGGGGCUCCAUUUUUUCAAUCCAUUGGCUGGUGAAUGUCUUUCUGGAAUUCUCUCAACUAGGAUCUGUUCUCUUGAUGUUAAAAUCGAGACGAAAACCAAAGACAAUGUUUUUGUUCAAAUGCUGUGCUCAAUCCAAUAUAGAGUAAUCAGGGAAAAUGCUGAUGAUGCUUUCUAUGAGUUGCAAAAUCCAAGGGAACAGAUUCAGGCUUAUGUGUUCGAUGUUGUUCGAGCCCACGUACCCAAAUUGAAUUUGGACGAGCUUUUCGAACAGAAGGAUGAAGUUGCUAAGGCCGUCUUGGAGGAACUUGAGAAGGUGAUGGGAGCAUAUGGAUACAAUAUUGAGCACAUACUGAUGGUUGACAUUAUUCCCGACUCCUCUGUACGGAAAGCAAUGAAUGAGAUAAAUGCAGCUCAAAGAAUGCAACUUGCUAGUGUAUACAAGGGAGAAGCAGAAAAGAUUCUCCAAGUUAAGAAAGCAGAAGCUGAGGCGGAAGCCAAGUAUUUAGGCGGCGUUGGAGUCGCUAGGCAGAGGCAGGCGAUUACGGAUGGAUUGAGAGAGAACAUAUUGAAUUUCUCUCACAAAGUGGAAGGCACCUCGGCUAAAGAAGUGAUGGAUCUCAUAAUGAUUACACAGUACUUUGAUACAAUCAAAGAACUUGGAAAUUCUUCAAAGAACACCACUGUUUUCUUACCACAUUGUCCUGGCCAUGUCCGAGACAUCAGUCAGCAAAUACGCAACGGGAUGAUGGAGGCAGCCAGUGCACAACAUGUCAACACUGAAUAGUUCUUUUGGUCUCUCAGUAAAUAAUACCCUUGUGAUGAAUGCAUAUGUUUCACUUGCCUCUGGGCAAAGACUAAACAAUAAAGCUGCUUCCUUCGAGGUUUGUUUGGAUGGAUCGUCUUCGUUACCCAUCAGCUGUGAUAUUUUCAGGAUGUUAUAACAGUGUGUAUAUGGAAAGUGAAAUUUGAGUAUAGUGAAUUUUUGGAGUAACGGCUACAUACACUCUUCAAACCCCACUUGUAAAAUUACACGAGAUAUGUUGUUGAUAUGUGCUUCUUU